AUCUAUUCACAAAAAAUCGUAAGUUUACGACUACGACUUGAACUUACGAUAAUCCUAAGAUAAAAGUUACGAGCUAUUCACGAAAGUGGUCGUAAGAUCGACACAUUGUCGUAAGUGAAAAUCGAUCGUAAGAUUUUUCCUUCCUUGGUUACCGACAACUGCUCAUGCGCAGUACAUAGUACGAGAAAAGCGAAAGUAGGCCUAGCAGACGAUUACGCAACACCCGAGUCUUGAAAAUGAGCGCUGACAGCAGCAGGAAGAAGAAUUGGAGUGCCGGAGAAAUAUCUCUCCUCGUGGAUCUCGUAUCCGAGAGGAAAGAUGUGUUGAGGGGGAGAUUUUCUCCGGCACUCACCUCAGCAGAUAAGGCUGGGGCUUGGGAGGCCAUCACCACAAGUGUAAAUGCAGUUGGUGGAAGUGGACGUACCACAAAAGAAGUAAAAAAAAAGUGGCAGGAUAUUCAAUCAUCAACUAAAAAAAAGGAAGCGGAGAGAAAAAGACUAUCCACUAAGACAGGGGGUGGCCCUCCCCCUGAGGACACCAAAGAUUGGGAGAAGAGGAUAAUUGGAAUCAUCUCUGACAAAGUUAUGUAUGGGAUUGACGGGGGUACAGACACUCUAGAGGUCUCAACAGGAACAGUUCUUAAAGCAUGUAGUGAGAGUGAAUGCAGAACUAGUGCACAGGCAGUGCUACCUGGGGUAUCUGCCACAGAGACUGGAGCUACCUGUAGCACACCAACUUCAGCUGAGGGAACCACAGAUAUUGAGCCAGUGGUCAUUAAUACGCGUAAAACUUUAGAAGACCAGGAUGGCUCUAAAAGAAGCAAAUGUGAGAAACAAAGCAGCAGAAAGCAGAAGAACACAGCAGAAGAUACAUCUGAGCUCAUCCUCAUCCAGAGAGAGAUGCUGGACAUUAUGAGGGAGGAUGUUUCAAUUAAGAGGAAAAUAUUGACAUCGUUGGAGGAGUUGGUGACUUUAAAGAAAAUUAAAUUAGAUAAACACUUGGAAGAGCAGACCCAAGGUCCAUCAUAUUUUGAACUGUAAUUUUAGGAAUAAAAUUUUUUCCUAUGAAAUAUUUUGUCUAGGAGUUAUUCACCUUAGCCACCAUAUUUUAAUAGGGCAACAUUCCCAGAUCCCUUCAGUAUGCAACUAAGUUCAAUUUGUUACACUGGUUACUGAGGUAAAGAUAACUCUAUUGUUCUUAUGAAUAUACAUUUGUUAAAGCCUCUAUUAAUUCAUGAUUAUAACAUUGUAAAUAUUUUCCACUGUAUAUUUUUUGCCUGCAAGUUUAAAAUUGGUUGCUCAAAGAGGUAAAUUCAAUAAUUUGUCCUACAAGAUGGCUACUAAGGGGAAUAACUCCUGGACAAAAUAGUUAGUGAAAAUCAUGACCCUGAAUGUGGUUGUAUCUUUAAAAGUCAUGACACCUGGGGACAUGGUGGGGUCACAUUCAGAAUUAAUGUUUUACAUGGGAAUUAUUGACUAAGGUGAGUGUUGUGGCCCAUGAGGAUCAACUAUUCUGAUCAGUGUUUAGCGUUCAUUUUUUUUUUUGUCUUUUGUGUGUCAUCUGCUUACAUAUCACAUUAUUGGUUGGUUGUUUGAUGUUAACCUGACUUAUCUUAUUCUGUGCUCCAACACAAAAUAUUUUUACACAAUGUCAUAAGGCAAACCCGGUAUAUGUAAAUCAACUUUUCUCUUGUUAAGUAGCCGUUUUUACAGCUUUUGGUAGACUGUGUAAAAAAUAUAUUUUAUACAUGGUAAUCGUUUCCAAGUUGAACAAUUUAUUUGCUAAAGCAUGUUCAAUAUGUAGAAUGGCAGGGUAAUAUUAAUUAUGAUUUUACUGAUGCAUCCUAUAUGCAAAAAAUUUGGGAUAAAUUUUGAAUCCCUGUAGCUAUAUUGGGGCCACAUUAUAUGUUAAGUUUAAUGCUUUUUAUGAGAAUGAACAGGAAAGUACGUUGUUUUAUUUUCUGAUGAGAAAAGAAAGACCGUGUUGAUUCAAUUUAUAUAAAACAUAAGGAAAUUGCGAUAAUGUUGCAAAGAAAUAUUUAUUUUACAGAAUAAGUACCAUAUCCAUUGGUUUAUAUCAUUAGAACAGUGACAUGAAUUAUGUAUUUUUCAAAUGGAUGUUCAAGAAUUCAGUCUAAACACAAGUCCUUACAAGUAUGUGCAACAUCAGUGAAAACAGUGAUAAUUUUUAGAUAUGAGUACAAAAUCUGAUCCUUGAUUCAAAUGAAAUUUUCAAUUUUUUACAUACAUAUAUAAAAAAUUAUUUGAUCUUAACAAUUUCCAUCCUUGUCAAUUAAAUAUUUAUAUUACAAAUAAAACCUGUUAAAGUGUGAGUGGUUAAAUAAAUUAAGCAUUUUUC